AAAAAACCUGCACGCUUAUAGCACUUUGAGAGUCGCUGCCUCUCAUCGCCGCCAAAAAAACUGUGAGAGUUUAAAGCGAUUCCAAUCCGCGCUAUUCUUUGCCCACCAUUAUUGAUGCCAUCUCGCGCGAGAUUGGAGCUCGCUCGGCCCACGAAGUGAAGCUAAUGUGGUAGCAAGUAGCUACAACCAUGGUUCUUGGCAGCCACCCCAUUCAGGAAACUCACUAUGACAUACUAUCGGUGAAGCAAGAUGCAAACUAUGAAGUUAUUCGAGCAAGCUACCGAUCUGCUAUCCUUGAUAGUCAUCCUGAUAAAUUGCAAAGUACAUCUGGGUCGGGAGAUAGAUUCCUGAAGGUGCAAAAGGCUUGGGAAAUCCUUGGCGAUUCAAGGUCUCGCGCACUUUAUGAUAGUGCGCUUCGAGCUUCUAGUCAUGAUGCUAUGGUCGCAGAAGAUAUCAGCUUAGAAGAUGUGAUGGUUGAAGAUGCGGGAGAGGUCAUUCAACUCUUUUACCAGUGCCGAUGCGGUGACUAUUUCUUCGUUGAUUCUUUGGAGUUGGAGAAGAUGGGGUAUGCUUUGUUAAAAGAUGGAAACAAGAUAUCUUUCGAAGCACAUAAUGCAUUGCCAGCAUCGCUUGUCGUCCCUUGCGGGUCUUGUUCUUUGAAAGUUCGGAUAUUGAUCAAUUCAGAUGACUUUAUUACGAUCAUUGAUAACCAUCGAAUGGGGGACGAAGUUUUCUCUUAAGAUUUUAGUUUCAACAGCUUAAAAUGACGAGAGCCUUGUGUGUUUCAAGUUGAAAUUUCAUGGAAAAUGGGAUGAGUGGGAUGAUUGAAACAGAGAUUAAAGAAAGGCCAACUAUGAUUAUGUUCUCUGUAGUUUCGGCGAAUCUGUACUUCGGUCCUUAUAGUUUCGAUUGUCGCAAUUUUAGUUUUGUAGUUCACUGAUCGAUUCAAUAUAAAAAUGUCCUAAUUUCAAGAUUUUUCGUAGAAUUUGCAAUUUUUCUUUUUUGAUGCACAUAAUUCACACUGGAUAAGCAAUUGCGCUGUUUUUACCUUUUUAGUCAAAAAAAUUGACAGAAUUGAGUAUCUUAUUAUUUAACUGCUACUAUUAGCAAAUUAUAUGAGUUAAAUUGCGACAAUUGAAACUCGAGAAUCAAAGCGGAACUUUUGGAACAGCAUAGCGGCCCAACAACAUCGUACGGGCCCUUGUAUGAGUUUGGAUGAAUCAGGACCUCAUUAUUUUAUUUUAUUCUAAAUUACAAAAAAAAAAAAAAAAUUUGAAGAAACAUAAUCAAAAUUGACGUCUACGAUGCUUAGCGAUCCGAUCAGGUUUCUGGUUCUCCAAUCAAUCCAAGAAAGUUGAAAAUCUCUAUUUCCCAGGAGAUGGGUCCUGCAGAAAAAAGCUCCCAAUGGCGGAGUGUGUUCGAUGGCGUGAAGCUGAAGACCAUCAAAGCAAUGCCGGAAGCUCUAAUGGCGGAGAUCAACACAGCAAUUUGCAAUCUCGAAUACGCACGCGCCACCGAUCUUCUCGGCUCUCCGUCUUCUUCGUCUUCGAUGGCGAAAACCGAGAGCUCUGAUCAACCCGUAUUCAAUGCAAGAAUGGCGGACCAAGCAUACAAGGCAGGCUGCGCAGCAUUGGCAGCUGGGAAGCUCGACGAGGCCCUUCUCUCUCUAAACACUUCUCUCUCUAAGUGCCCACCUGACCAGACCUCUGCCGUGGCCAAGCUCCACUCUUUGAUCUCUCUCACAUCUCAGCAGCUCCACAAGUCCCCCACCUGAGUUUAUCUUGUCCUUUCUAAUUAAUGCAAGCGAUGGCGAAAAGGGAAGAAUCGAACACAAUAUCUCGGAGUUUAUAUUUAUCAUUUCAUUUUUAACUAAUGCAAGGAUGGCGGGGGAGAAGGAAUCGAACGCAGGAUCUGCAAAAGUCCACCAGCUGAGUAUAUCUUGUCCUUUUUAAUUAAUGCAAAUAAUGACGGAAGGAGAAAUCGAACUUAGGAUCUCGAGUGCAGCGGAUUUAUUAUCACAUCAAAAAAUUUGGUUAUUUGUGUAUUAUACUAUUCCGGCAUUUGGAUCCAACUUAUUGUGACAACAUGAAUUUUGGUGGGACGAAAAGUUUGAGUAUUUGACUCCAACUUUCCAUGUUUUGGUCAUGCGGAUUUGGAGGUCGGCAACAAUAAUUUGGAGCUAUUGAAUGAUCAAUCAAUUGGGGACCAGUGACAUGUUGACAUUAGUGUUGGGAGCAGAUUUCACGAGCGUGGUUGGUGUUGGUGGUGGAGAUGAUGCUUUUAAACUUUACAGAGCACUUGUAAGGUGGAGAAUUUUCCUUUGUUCUUGUCUGAUCAAGUUGAGAUAUGAAUGAUGUAUUUAACCAUGUUUAAUCACUAGUAGAGGAUUUCCUAUGUUCUUGUUUAAAUUUUGGUUUGGUUCAUUGAUUAAUUUAGAUAUGACAGGUGCCAUUUUGUAGUAAAUUUGACCUAUAAGUGUUACCGGUUGUAUGCAAUUAUGUGUUUAGUUGUCGAGAAGAACUUGCUUAAUACUUUCAACCUAAUAGUAUUCAAGGCAAGUGACAGGCAUUGUCAUGUGUUUUAAUUUCUACUUGGCAACUCUUUAUUGCUUUGGAAACCGUCUCACUGGCAUACUUGGUGCAGUUAAGUCUCAAUCCAUUUUCACAUCUAGGGUUUUUAAUGAACUCAAUGUGGAGGGAGACUAAAGAAAAUAAAAUCAAAGAUAUUGCUCAAGAAAUCUCAGACUCAUGAUUUUUCUUUGUUAUGAUAUUACUAGAACUUAAUGCCCAUGAAAUUUCUAAUUCUUUUGCUGAAGAAAGCAUGCAAGUGCCCUUUCUGUUGGGACAUCACAUUGAAUUCAACUAAUUUUGAUUGUCAUCAAUGAAAAUGAAAUUGGGGAAAGAUGCCAAAUUUAUGUGUUAACUUGUAUCAUGAUUUUCAUCCAUUGAGAUAUAGACUUUAAGAGCACUCCCACUUUGGGAAAAUUUAACAAAUAACUUCGUAAGCGCAGGUUAGGUCAGUUGGUUAAAACAGUAUGUCCUGCUUUUAGCACUUGAAGUUCGAGUUUCCCUUCUUGUAGUUUAAAGUAGUUCAGAAUACUGUCUUGUUAGAAAAUAAAUACUAAAAUGUCAAAAUUGGGUUUGGUAUCAUGUCCUAGUUCUCCAUAACUUCAACUUAAAGUGUAAAUUGAAAACUACAGAAGAAGUACUAAAUAAUAAAUAUAGGGAAGAAAACCAAAGAAACGGACAACAGAAAAAGUACUAAAUAAUAAAUAUAGGGAAGAAAACCAAAGAAACGGAUUGAAGUUACAAGAGUCUUCUUCAAUGAGAAUUAUUACUGGCUGUGAGAUAAGCAAAAGCGUUUUCAACCUCAAGGGAGGAGUUUUAGCUUUUGUUAAAACGUCUAGUAUGCUUUUUUAGCUUUGUCUUUACCCCAAAGAAAAGAGACCAGUAUUCUCCAUUUUCCCAAUAAGCUGAGAAGCCACUGUCAAAAAAAGCAGGUGAAGGUCUAAUCCGAGCAUCAUGUCGAGUAAGAAUAACUCACACCAAAAGCACUAACUUUUGUAGAUAUCUCAAAGCAGCUGUGGCUUACAGUUUACAAACCAAAAGCACUUUUUUUCAACUCCAACAUGAGCAUCUUUCAUCAUGAAGAAGAACAGCCACCAAAUCCUUCCAAAAGAUGCAAGUUUCUUGCUGCUUGUCUCAACGAUGUGUUUGCGAAUUGCCAUACCAGCAGAAAGCUUUCGGCUUCGAGCCCUGCUGGGGAGGAGUUCCUGACAAGUGACUUUGAUGAGGAAAAAGAAGUUGUUUUUAUCGUUUUUGUUUGCUUGGUUUUUUCUCUAUCAGGUUAUUGUGUCUGCCAUUCGAAGCCGUGCUAUGGAAAAACUGAGGCGCAAGCCGAGCAGUUUGACAGAUAGCUUCUCUUUCGUUUACUCUUCGAAAUCAGGAGAUUUAUUCAUAACGCAGAAAGGAGCGGAAAAGCAAGAGGAUCAUGAAGAUCACGAAGGCAAUGAGAAAGAAGAAUUUUUAUCGGUUGCAAGCUGCCUUUCUUGCUGCUCAAGCACCGCUGCAAGUAGAGACGUGUUUCUUUCUGUCAAGACAAGUUUGUCGCGUUGUUCGAGCCUUAGUGGGAUCGAGUUUGGAGAUUUUCAUAGGCAGCAGUCCAUAAUUCGGCAAUUCAGUCAUUGUGAGGGCUGGCCGUUUGGGCUUUGCCGGAAGGCUGUGUUGCUUCCACCGCUGCCAAAGUCGCCCUCUGAGUCGUGGACGUGGAGAAAAGGCACUAAGUUUGUUAAGAUGGUUUAAAGUCGGAGGUCGCCCGCACCACCACCAAUAAAGGACGUUCAAAGUUCAAUGUUAUUUCGUGUUUAGAUGAUUAAAUGGAUGGAAUAAAAUGCAAAUUGAAUAAAAGUUUCAGUUGUAAUGCUAUGCUAUACUUUGUGAUAAAUAAUGCUAUCAUAUAUUAAAUUUGA